AUGGAUUGGAGCCAAGGUGAAAGCUACUGCAAGGAACAUUACGACAAACUGGCCACGUUUUCCAGCAGUGACGAACACAAUCUGGUGAAAGACGUCUCCGGUGGGGCUUGGAUCGGGCUUCAGGAUCACAGUGAAUCCUGGAGAGGACACAUGACCAACCUCCACAACUCCUGGAGAUGGUCCACCACACGUAGGUCAGUCGCCGGGGGGUACCAGAACUGGACCCUGGACGAGCCAGAUUACCACGAGGCAAAGGAGAGAUGUGUGGUCAUGAAGAACGGACAGUGGAAGGAUCAUGACUGUGAUGACUACUUGCCUUUCGUCUGUUUUAACAAACUGGCCAUGAUCGAGCACGAGGCCGAGAACGCUGCGGUGGCUUCGGUCAUCCCAUCCGCAAACGUGUCGGUGUGGAUCGGCCUGUACAGACAUCCCUGGGCCACAGUGGACAACAGAGGAGUGAGUUUCCAAAACUGGGCCCCCGGACAGCCCGACAACAAGAACGGAACACAACACUGUGCCUGGAUGGGCGCAGAUCUGAAGUGGAGGGAUGAGGAGUGCACACGCGUGGGUCCGGUCCUCUGUCUCAAAGUGCUCUGGGCUUGGAUCAGUGUGGUCUCCCUUCACCCCUGCCCUGGGCUCCAUGUCCAGGGGAGCAUGGAUCAGCCGGCCCCACAGGCAGACAUGUCACAGGGGCAUCAGAGCGGCACUAAGACCCAGGCCACAUCACCGGUGCUGCACGGAGAUAGCACCACUGCUGCAGGAGGCCUUCUGAUCAUUGAUGGAAAGCAGUUUGUUCUGUGGUUGUAA